AUACAAAACAUGAUGCUGCUGCAUGACCUGCCCCACUACCAUAGAGAAAUUGAGGGAACUGAAAUCCUAUCAAGAACCUCUGAGUCCAAUGAGGUACUAACUCCACUUCAAAUUCCUUCUUGUCCAACUGUCUCACAUGACAGGCCUGAGGAGUUCAGGGAAUCCCUUCACUGCUGCACAGAAACGUAGCAUGGAGGAAUUGCACUACCUGUACUGCCAGAAGACCACAGGGCAAAGGACAAGUCUCCAUGUACAUUUGUUAAAGGACAUCAACCUUAUGGUAGUGGUGUAGACCCUUGGCCCAGAGGCCUUCCCACUGAGCAGUACUACGAUGUCACCCAGCUGAAAAAAAGUGAUGUACAUAUGAAUGAUGAGCUGCUUUGUAAACCACCAGACAGUUUGGCUAUACCACUUUGCCUGCCAUUUCCCAUCUCUCAUCCCUAUCAAACACACAUCUCUAGGUACGCCGUGUUCCCAAACUUCAGUUCACCUGAGGAUAGAGUCACAGAGAUUGAGGCAAGCAGUCAUCAGCCUUUCCAUCCCAAUAUCCCCACAAAGGCUUUUGAUGUGGUUGUGCUGAGGAAGACCAGACGUAACCCAUGUAGUCAUGAAGUUGUCAGUACUCCCUCUGACUCCCAGAAAAAGGCUGUGCACUGUCCGGGACAGCACACAUACUUCCAAGUACCUAAAGACCUAAAACAUAACCUCUCUCCAAGAACAACCAAUAUGGUACGAAACACUGAAAGGGCUCUGGUGAUCACAACGUACAGUUGGGACUUCACAGGAAGAGGUCCUAUGAAUCCCCUUACCCUGGAUAACUAUCACAUGAAAGCAGUUGGCAGGUGAACUGGAGAACUAGGUGAAGACAUGGAACUAAAGGAAACAUUUCUGGCUAGUCUCUCACAAGGGAGACCUCUUGAAGAGUGCACUGCAUUUUUAUUUCAAGGUCAACAUCCCCAUGAAUCAAUUCUGCAAGAACAGUACUCCUGCCAAGAGCAGGCCAUUCUGUCUCAGACAUGCUACCAGAAAGUUCAUUAUCUGGAUACAAGGCCGCCAAUAAACAAACUUCAGAAAAUCACUGACAGAUUGCAAACAGAAGCAUUGUACAUGGGGCAAUUUUCAGGAAGGCCUGAACUUGAAUCCCUUCCAAAAUCUGCAUGUUCCCUUUCCUACGAAGAAUUCAAGCCCAGACAUUUGGAUCAAUAUGUGCCCUUGUGGCCAAGAAGUCUAAGUAAGCGAAGCUUACCACUGGAUGUAAACAGGGGCAGAAUUUUGUUGCACGAGCUUUGGCAUUAAGAAGCAUGUCAGCCUGCAUGGAGACCAGAGGACAGGCCAAGAGAGACAGCACUGCCUGAGCACUGCUUGAUCCCUAGCUGUGAGGUUCCUCGGCACCAGACAGCACUGCUGGAGCUGCAGCAUUCCUUCUCUAAGACAGCAGCACAAAAAUGUUUUCAUGAUUCCAUAAGAGGAGAAACAAAAGACCUCAGAGAUAACAUUACUGAGGGAAAGAGACACAAAUUCUAUGGUUUCAAUGCUUUCUGUUUCUUUGACUGA